GAUACCCUGUGGGUCAGGUCGUGGCUCUGCUAUAAAGCCUCAACCGGCAUGAUCCCGAAGCCUCGGGUGGCUUCGUUGGUGCUGGACCCCAGGCUGGGCAGCGUCUAUGCCCUCAAGCACCAUGCAGCUCCUUCUUGCUCUACUGGCGCUGGCUUACGUGGCCCCCUCUACUGAAGAUUCACACUGGUGCUAUGAGAUUCAAGCCAAGGAGCCCAACAGCCAUUGCUCAGGGCCUGAACAAUGGACUGGAGACUGUAAGAAGAACCAGCAGUCUCCUAUCAAUAUUGUCACUAGUAAGACAAAGUUGAACCCCAGUCUGACACCCUUCACUUUCGUUGGCUAUGACCAAAAGAAGAAGUGGGAAGUUAAGAACAACCAACACUCAGUGGAAAUGUCGCUGGGGGAGGACAUCUAUAUUUUUGGAGGAGAUCUGCCCACCCAGUACAAGGCCAUACAGUUACACCUGCACUGGUCAGAGGAGUCGAACAAGGGUUCAGAGCACAGUAUUGAUGGGAAACAUUUUGCCAUGGAGAUGCAUGUCGUGCAUAAGAAGAUGACAACAGGCGAUAAGGUGCAGGACUCGGACUCCAAGGACAAGAUUGCGGUGCUGGCAUUCAUGGUUGAGGUGGGACUCCUAUCCUCCAGAUGGAUUCUGGAGGUCACCUGUCCUCCAGGAAGCUGCUUGGCCACAACAGCUCCCAAAGAACCCAUCUCAUGCUUCUUUCUCUCCUGUUCCAGGUGGGAAACGAGGUAAACGAGGGCUUCCAGCCCCUGGUGGAGGCACUGUCCAGGCUCUCCAAACCCUGUGAGUUGGGUGGGGGAAGGGAUGGCUUCUUCCCGUGAUGAGAGGAGUGGAGGCCCUAGGACAGCUGCUUUAAAGAGAACCAUCUAUAACGGCUUUGUCUCCCACCCCAGUUACAAACUCCACAGUGAGUGAGAGCUGCCUGCAGGAUAUGCUUCCUGAAAAGAAGAAACUGUCUGCCUACUUCCGUUACCAGGGCUCACUGACUACACCAGGCUGUGAUGAGACUGUCAUCUGGACUGUGUUCGAGGAACCUAUUAAGAUCCAUAAAGACCAGGUACCCAGGCAUGGGCAAGGUGCAGUCUCCCAUAUGGAGCCUACCUGUUUGCUCUGUGGGUCCCAGGCGUGGGAAGAUAAGACUCAUUGAGUCAGACCUUGGGUUUCCACUGGUGGACACAGACAAGAAAGAAAGCUCUUGACUACCACUUUCCUGCGUAGAGGGCCCAGUGAGAAGUCCCUGAGAGUACUUGGAAUGGGCUUCUAGAAAAGUGGGAGAGAGUUGGCUGGUCAAUGUGGGGAGCCAGUAUUCCAGGGGGACCUGAAGUUGGACUUCCUUAGUGCUAUUGGGAAGUCGCUCAACAAACAGCACUUGAGUUUACAAUAGCCUCUGGAAAGACAGCAGGAAACCCAGAGGACCAAAAUCCCUUGGGCUUAUAGCAGUGAUUCUCAGUGUGACGUCAGCAUCUUCACCCGUGAGAAGUUUUUUAGAAAUGCCCAUUCAUAGGCUCACUCUAUAUCUAUGGAGUCAGAUAUUCUGCGGCCCAGGGCCCAGGUAUCCGGGGUCCGGUGAGGUCCUUCAGCUGACACUAAAGGAUGCUGACCUUCAGGAACCACUGUACCAUAGCAACAGUCACGAUAACUGGAUCGAAAGAGUAUCUGCAGAGGACAGGGAAAGACAGUGGCACUCAGCUUCCCAUAAAUGCCACACCUGACACUCUUGGUAGUCAUUUCGAGCCCCUCUCUUUGCUGAUGUGAGGCGUCUGGUCUGAGGUCACCCAGCAAAGAGCAUCACUCCACCUGCUGAGCCAAGUCUCUUUCACAGUUCCUGGAAUUCUCAAAAAAGCUCUACUAUGACCAAGAACAGAAGUUGAACAUGAAGGACAAUGUGAGGCCCCUGCAGCCACUGGGAAACCGCCAGGUGUUCAGGUCUCAUGCCUCAGGACGACUGCUGUCUUUGCCCCUGCCCACUCUAUUGGUCCCCACACUCACCUGCCUGGUGGCCAGCUUCCUCCACUGAUGGUCAAAUUCUGGAUAUCUGGCCUCUGACCUCAACCUUUAGAGGAUAUGGCUUCUCUUUCUCAAUCUUUCCAGGUUGAACUUUGGGGACUAUUAAGGUGUGCUGUGGUGGUGCACACCUUUAAUCCCAGCCCUGGAUGGAGAGAGCAGAGACCUAUGGAUCUCUGACCUUCCCCUAACCCCUGAUUAAAUUAAAUAAAAUAUGGAUAUGUUUUUACUCUU